AUGAACCCUCAAGAAUCAAACGCUACCGCGGAAAUAGCUUCCAACAAGCUUGAAAAUGGCAUUGAUAUACAGUCAGAUAUACACCCGUCAUGCUUUAAGGAUCUUGAUCUUAUAGCAUUGAACCGAGAUGCAAACGCUGCCACUGAGAGAGAGCAUACUAUGGGCCUUUUGCAAGGCCUCAAACUCUAUCCCCAAGCGAUCGGCUGGUCUCUCCUUCUCAGCACUGCCAUUAUCAUGGAAGGCUAUGACACAGCAUUAAUAGCUAAUUUCUUCGCCUUUGAACCCUUCAACAAAAGGUAUGGUUCGAUCCAGCCGGACGGAACGCACGUUGUUUCCGCACCCUGGCGCUCAGGUCUCACCAACGGAGAGGCCUGUGGUGAAAUCCUAGGUCUUUGGGCAUCUGGUAUUAUCCAGGCACGAUUUGGCUAUAAGAAGACUUUGAUUGGUGCACUGGUCAUGAUUACUGGCUCGAUCUUCAUAACAUUCUUUGCUCAGAAUCUACCUAUGCUUCUUGCCGGUGAAAUAGUUUGCGGACUCUCCUGGGGUGUAUUUCCUGCAUUAGCCACCGCAUAUGCCUCCGACAUUUGUCCGGUUGUUCUCCGCCCCUACCUUACGACUUACGUGAACCUGUGCUGGGUUUUCGGUGAAUUAAUAGCCACUGGUGUUCUGGCAAGAAUGCUCGAUCGAACAGAUCAGUGGGCAUACCGGAUACCAUUUGCUUUGCAAUGGAUCUGGCCUCUUCCUAUUCUUAUCGGGGCUUGUUUCGCUCCAGAGUCCCCAUACUGGCUUGUACAGAAAGAAAUGAUCUUUGAAGCACGUCAAACCCUUCUCAGGCUCACAAGUCCAAACGAUACUACAUUUGACCUGGAUAAUGCGAUUGCUUUAAUUCGAUUGACGGACAAACUUGAGAAGGAUAAUACUGCCGAAACAAGCUAUAUCAGCAUUCUCAAAGGUGUCAAUCUUCGACGGACCGAAAUAUCAAUUUGUGUCUGGUUGAUUCAACAGUUCUGCGGAUCCGGCCUUAUGACUUAUAGCACUGUCUUCUUCCAGCAAGCCGGCCUUUCCUCUGCCUAUGCAUUUGACAUGUCAAUGGCUAUGUAUGCAUUAGGUGCUUUGGGAACCAUUGCCAGCUGGUGGAUGAUGGCAUACAUUGGUCGUCGCACCCUAUACCUCUUCGGAUGCAUUAUUUCCUUCAUUUUGAUGGUGAUAAUUGGAUCAUGCGGCCUUUUAAAUGAAGGAAACAGCAGGGCGAGUUGGGCCAUUGGUAGUUUGUUGAUCAUUUUCACAUUUGUUUACGAUUCUUCCAUUGGGCCAGUCUGUUACUCACUGGUUGCCGAGAUUCCGAGCACUCGCCUGAAAGCAAAGACGAUAGUCGUGGCCAGAAGCUUCUAUUGUGCAGCAGCAAUCACUGUCAACAUUAUUACUAAUUACCAAAUGACCCCAACAGCUUGGAAUUGGAAAGCGAAGUCAGGGUUCUUCUGGGCUGGAACCGGUUUUAUCUGCUGUGUGUGGACAUAUUUUCGCUUACCGGAGCCAAAUGGGAGGACAUAUGGAGAGCUGAACAUUCUUUUUGAGCAACGGGUCAGCGCGCGAAAGUUCAAAUCAACACAUGUUGAGAUGGCUGCCCAUGACGGUCUGUUUAUCGAGGGAUCGGCUGUCGAAAUGAUGGAGACGGUAUCACAGGUGAAGGGAUAUGAACAGAAGUGUGAAAAAGGGCCUUGCAAUACGGAGUAG